CGACGGUUAAGGAUCGUCAUGGCCAGUGAAGAGAUUGAAACCUCCAAGUUUUUGAAGGAUAAAGAAGCCGGGAGAAAUGCACCUGAGAAGCAGAAGGAACUGGAGUCUUCGGACACCUCCUGUGGCUUCUCAAUAUUCAAGGGACCGACUUUACAGAGAUUUGCCACUGCGCAUAUGUUCGUAAUUAUGUACGGUUUAGCUGGCUGCUUUCUGGCCAUGGCCUUUACCUACUUCACUGGAACCAUUACGACGAUGGAGAAGCGCUUCAAUAUACCCACCAAGAUAUCGGGCCUCAUAACAGUGGGUAAUGAUAUAAGCACAGUCUUCUCCUCUGCUUUUUUGAGCUACUAUGCCAGUCGAGGACAUCGCCCGCGAUGGGUUGCAUUGGGUCUCAUCAUUAUAGCACUUUUCUGCCUGCUCAUGUUGACCCCACACUUUUUCUACGGAGCCGGUGAAGAGGCCCUAAGACUGACGGAGGAGUACGGGCUGACGGAAUCCAUUGAUACCUCUGUAAAUUCCACGGAGAAGAAUGACGCCCUUUGCCACGAGAAGAACUCGAAUUGUGUGAAGGGCGCUGAAGACUACAUGCCCAUCGUGCUGUUCUUCAUCGCCCAGUUCGUGGGGGGCAUUGGGUGCUCCCUCUUCUACGCGCCGGGUCUGUCCUACAUGGACGACAGUUCGGCGAGUUCCAAGACGCCGGCUAUGCUUAGUUUGACCACCUUUCUGCGGAUGCUGGGUCCUGCCAUGGGCUUCUCCAUAGUCUCCUUGUGCCUGAGGCUGUACAUCGAUCCCUUCAAGACGCCUCUGAUCACCACAAAGGAUCCCCGAUGGAUGGGAGCUUGGUGGCUGGGCUGGAUUCUCAUCACCGUUAUCCUGCUGAUCGCGGCAGUCUUUGUGGGCAUGUUCCCCAAGGAGAUGCCCAGUGCCAAGGCAAGGCGUUUGAAGGCAGACGACGACGAGGACAUCCCUUUGGCGAAGCGCUCCUUUCAGGACAUGCUGGACUCGCUGAAGCGACUGGCCCGCAACAAAGUGUAUGUCUACAACAUGCUUGCCUCGAUACUGUACUUCUUCGGCUACAUGCCGUUCUGGAUAUUCACCCCGAAGUACAUUGAGAUCCAGUACCGACAAUCGGCGUCCACCUCCACAAUGGCCACGGGAACCUGGGCGCUGGGCUUCUCAGCCGCAGGAGUUCUGAUCUCUGGCUACGUGAUCUCCAAGUACAAGCCGAGUGCCAGGGCAAUGGCUGCCUGGAACUUCGUGGUGGACUACCUCACGGUGGCCGGAAUCCUUUGCUAUAUCCUGGUGGGAUGCGACGAGAGCGAUCGGGCCAACUCGCUGUCCAUUCUUCCGACUGGCGACAGCUGCAGUGCCUCCUGUGACUGUGAGUACGUGUACUACUCCCCGGUUUGCAGUCCGGAGAACAUCACCUACAUAUCCGCCUGCCAUGCGGGGUGCACCGAAAAGGGACUGGAUGCGCUGGGGAAGACCAUUUACUCGGGCUGCCGGUGCAUGGGCAACUCCCCCAACCUGACCUCCUUGUCCGGCCUAACAUCCCUGGCCUCCCAGUCGCAGAUCGCAAUGGAUGGAGCCUGUCCGGUGGAUUGCAACAAGCAGUUCAUCAUCUUCAUGGCCGUCAUGUGCUUCCUGAAGUUCGUCGGGGCCACUGGGAGAUCGAGUAAUCUGCUCCUAGCCCUGCGAUGCGUUCCCUCGAGGGAUAAGACCUUUUCCCUGGGAUUCAGUAGCAUGGUUUACUCCGUGCUGACCUUCAUUCCCAGCCCCAUUGUGUUCGGUUAUAUGCUGGACAGCUAUUGCCUGGUUUGGGGAAAGACAUGUAGCUCCAAGGGCAACUGCUGGAUAUAUGACACGAAGUCCUUAAGGUACACAAUGAACCUCGUGUGUGCCUCUUUGAUUUUCGUUGGCAGCUUUUGGAAUAUUGGAGUCUGGUAUCAUGCCAAGGAUAUAAAAGUGUUCGAUGAAGAGGAAACCGUAAACCAGACCAAAAAGGAUGAAGAAAUAGAGCUUAAGGAAAAGCCAAAAGUAAUUGUUCAAACAGGAACAUUAAAUAAUCCGUAAGAUUACAUACCUCUGCCUGUAAACUUAUAAAACAUUAAUUAUAAUCCUUAAAACCAAAAACUUGAGUUUAAAUAUUAUCAAUUUUAUAGUUUUUCAAACUGCCCUUCUUUAACACCUAUAAAAUAUACCCUACUACUUUUAAAUAUCUA